AUGGUUGUAAUUCCCCGGAACUACAUAGGUGGUCUUACUACUCAAUUUAGAUCAUCAAACUCUUUCUUGGAAUACGAUGCUGUCACAAUUAUGCUGGAUGCGGCGUUGGUGAAAAGAGAAGAACAAGCCUCGGCGUCCAAAUCUCAGCGAAUCCCUCUUGUUUAUUCUGCGACGAGCCCACAAACCGGCUUAGAUGCAGCCAAUGCUCACCACAUUGUUCAGCUGCUGAAAGACCUAGCAGGAGAAGGCCGCACCGUCAUCGUGGCAAUUCACACCCCGCGCCCGGAAAUAUGGGAGCUAUUCGACCAUAUCCUACUACUCUCUCAAGGCCAUGUUCUGUACAAUGGCUCAACCUCUUCAAUUCGCGGUUACUUUGAACGAUGUGGGCACGCCAUAUCUGCAUCAGAAAAUCCAGCUGAGCACUUGAUUGACCUUGUAUCCAUAGAAGCGGAAGCAGAAGGCUCACCAAUGGGAUCAGUGGCAAGGAUCAACAACUUGAAAGAGCAGUGGAAAGCAGCUCAGCGUACUGUAGCCGAUAACUACGCACCUUACUCGAACAAUGGCUCAGUUGUGCGAUACGGCUCAGCUAUAUCCCGCCACCCAGCCGUGCCACUUUCUCGUCAGCUGGCUGUACUUACUCGGCGCACUAUAUGGACAACGUUAAGGGGCCCUAUGAGCUUGUUUGGUAGCUUGUCAAUUACCAUUAUACUAGGGAUAGUGACAGGCGCAGCUUUCUAUCAGGUCGAUAGCAGCGCCCAAGGAAUUUGGUCCCGACAGGGGGCCCUUUUCGCACUACUGAACAUCUACGGGUACCCAAUGUUAAUCUAUGAGAUAUAUCGCCUUUCAUAUGAGAUACAAAUGUUCGAUCGAGAGCGAGAAGAGGCAGUGGAUAUCCCAGGACCUGCCAUAUCAUCGAUAGUCUUUUACUUCCUAGUUGGUCUACGGCGCUCUGUCGCCGAACCUUUCCUUUUCUUGCUGGUAAUGAUUUUGGCCACAUACAUUUCUCUCGCCGCCGCUAUCCUUGCGAUUGCACUAUCCCGUGAUUUUGCAAUCGCUGGUCUUAUCGGAAAUUUGAUUUACACGCUGCAAAGCCUCUCUGGGGGCUAUUUAAUACAUGUAGACCAGAUAUCAACCUGGCUCCGAUGGUCAAAAUGGACAGCUCAUAACUUUUAUCUUUAUAGCGCUGUAUGCGCCAUUGAGUUCGUUGGCCCGAAGCAGACGCCACGCGGGCAUCUAUAUAAUUGUACAAGUGUCGCCAAUCCUCCGACAGGUGAGUGUACAGGGUCUUACGGGAAAGAUAUCAUUUCAAGCCUAGGAAUUCCACGCGAGUGGAUCUGGCAACCUGUUGUGGCCUCUUUGGGUUUUCUUGUUUCCUACACUCUGGUGGCUGCUCUAAUACUUCAUCGCCCUCGAAUGGGAGCUGUCAUGACUUCAGAUCCCCAGUCCAGCCACAGCUCCGUCGUCAUUCAAAAUAUGGAGCUUCUUCCUCUCAGCUCAACUCCACACACUCCAGGUGUGGAUAUCCAACUAACCAGGUAUGCUCUAAUUCUUACCAGGCGGAACAUAAAAGCCUUUCUGGGUCCCAGUUACGAACGGCCAAUACUUAAACCAGUCAACACCACAUUCAGACACGGUGAGCUUAGUAUAAUAAUGGGGCCUUCUGGGAGCGGGAAGACCACUCUAUUACACGCUAUCACAGCGCGCCUACCUCAGAGAUAUCGAAGACAAGGCCAAGUGUUCUACAAUAGCCAUAGACUACGGCCUUCUACGAUCAGAGCUAUGUGCUCCUAUGUGUCCCAGUCGGAUAAUUUACAACCUUUCCUGACUGUCCGAGAAACCCUACUUUUCGCUGCAGGGCUGAGAUUACCAAGAUGGAUAACAAAAGAGCAAAGAUAUUCCAAAGUUGACUCUAUUAUUCGUACAAUGGGCUUGACCUCUUGUGCGGAGACUAUCGUUGGAGAUGGAAAACAAACGGGUAUUAGUGGUGGCGAGAAGAGACGGGUUUCAAUAGGUAUUCAGCUUUUGACUGACCCGAGAAUUUUGAUACUGGAUGAACCGACAUCAGCCGGGAGGAUCUUGAAGAAGUUAAAGAAUCUAUCGGAGGAAGGUCGGACUGUAAUCUGCAGUAUCCAUCAGCCACGCUCAGAUAUUUUUCCUUUCUUUUCGAACAUUCACCUCCUUGCGUCUGACGGCUCCCCCGUCUUCGCUGGCCGUGGAGAAGAUAUAUUACACUAUUUCCACACUCAUGGCUUUGAAUGUCCAGAUUCAAUGAACUCGUGUGACUUUAUCAUUGAUUUAGUCACGGUAGACCAUCGAGACAACCGAGAAACUUCGAGUCGCGCUAGGGUGCAGCAGCUGAUCGAUGGACAUGCUGUCACUCAAUCAACUAUACAAGACACACCCCCACUGUCAAUGACCUUGUUAGAACAAAGAGCAUUUGCAAAGAACAUUAACCCAUUUCGAACACUUUUUCCUUUAGCAUUGCGCCGCUCGGCUCUUGGUUUGACUAGGCGGCCAUUUCUUCUCCUAUCACGCUUAGUUCAAGCUCCUGGCAUGACAAUUACCUUUGUUAUGUUCACAGCUCCCCUUUCAAGUGACAGUAACUCCGUACAAACAAGAAUCGGUCUUCUCCAGCCUCCUGCAAACAUUAUUGUAUACCCGGGAGAGCGCGAUACCUUUAAGGAUGAACGAAAGGACGGAUGUAUGACCGCAACAUGUUUCCUAGUGCAAUAUACAUGUCUAGAGCUACCAACAGAGAUCUUUACAGCCCUGGUUUCUGGUGCGAUAUUCACAUUCGGCCCGCCGAUUAAGCGCACCUUCACCAUGCUUCUUGUUUCAUCGUUCAACAUAUUCGCGAUUCUCAACUGUGGCGAGUCUCUCGGUAUUAUACUUCUUUCUUUUUUCGAUAAUAUAGGUAUCAGUGCUACCUUGGCUCCGAUAGUGCUAUCCAUAAACUGGUUGUUUGCAGGCCUUCUCAGUACAUCUUUACCAAGGGUUUUUCAAAUCGUGUCUUAUAUCCUCCCCUCAAAAUUCGCCAUGGCUAAUGUUGUGCCAUACGCGAUGGAUGGGCUGGAAUUUACCUGCAGUGAUGAACAACAGCAUGGCACACAAUGCACUAUCCGGAAUGGUAAAGAUGUGUUAGACUUCUAUACUUUCGCAAACAACCCUGGCUUGAAUAUCAUGGGCUUGGCAGUAUGUGUGGUAGUUAUAUCGGGUUGUUGCGUAUUUAGUGAUUAG